CGCGCAACAGUCCCGCGCACAAUCCGGAGACUCCGAGGCGGCACGGGCGCCGCAGUCGUGCGAGAGUGCGCGCGUCUCGCCAACACGAAACUUGUCGCGCUCUGAUGGUCAGGUGGACUUGAAGAGGCCGGAGGGGGUCGAUGGAUCCCGGCACGCGGAAUCAUCGUGGGCUUCUGUCAGCGACGAUACGAUUCUACAGAGGAGGCGACAGCGGCUGCGAGAAAACGUGCGGGAGGGUGGCGUGGGUGUGACUACAACGACCGAGAUUUUAUUUUAUGGUGUCUUUUUAAAUUCUGAUUGUGAUUUCUGUAACCAGUGUUGGCGUAGUGGGCAUUCGUUGCUGUUACGUUGUUUUUCGCUCGAAUGUGCCGUGUAUAGCGUUGGAAGAAGAGGAGUCGGGUUGUGACGCGUCGCAUAUCGUGCUGUACCAAGAAACUUGGUGGUGUUGGCUGGACUCGCCGGGCGACCAUGUUUCUCUGUAUGACGUCGACACUCUGCUCGCGCUUCGGCGACGCUUGAGUAUACUCGAGGCGCUGUGCCUGUCUUCGAUUUGCUCUGGCCUGAACUUCCGCACGAGGCGGGACCAAACCGGAUGUGAAAAUGGAAGAGGAGGAGGAGCAGCACGGGCAGGACGACAAACCAGAGGAGGCUGACCUGGCGCGCGAGGCUUCGAGCGAACCGUCGACGGGCGAUCCGACGGCCAGCGACGGCGUCCCCGAUGGCCCCCCUCGUGCAUGUGGCUCGCGCUGGUCGCCGGCUCGGCUGGUGGGCGAGGCGAGCGCCAUCUGGAGCAACAUGGCUCGCUUCCGACCCGCCUUCCUGGGCGGCCGGGACGACAACCUGCCCGACCACCUGGGGCCCGUCAAGCAGCUGUUUUGCCGCACGGGACACAACCUGGCCGUCUUCCCCGCCGGCACGGUGUACGGCACCCGGGAGGCGUACAACCGAUACGAAGAAGCUGCAGAAGGCGUCGAACUAGAGGAACGGGGCGAAGCCGGCGAUGUCGACGAGGACACGGAGGCCGCCGGCGUUGUCCAGGGUACACAGGAGCACUUCGCUGAAAACGCGAUCCUGGAGCUUCUCUCGCACGACAUUGGGCAAGUGCGGAUCCGCGGCGUCGAGACAGGACUGUUCGUCUGCAUGGACGCCGAAGGCAGAGUAUACGCCAAGAAGAACCGGAUGGACGAAGAGGGCAUCUUCUACGAGAUGUACGAGAGCGGCUACAACCUCUACCUGAGCAAGCUGAACAAGGACAAAGGCUGGUACCUGGGCAUCAAGAAGUCGGGCGUGCCCAAGCCGGGACCACGCACGGCGCGCGGGCAGAAGGCCGUCCAGUUCCUCCCCAGGGCCGCCAAGCCGCGCUCCUAGUCUACUGCUUCUGCAGCGAUGGCGCUUCGACGACCGCCUGCGAGGCUUAUACACCAACGUCGCAGGCUCCAGGAAACGGAUCACGAGACAUCUGGCAUCAGGCACGCCACCGCGUGGUCGGCAUGCGUACACGCGUGCGUGCGUGCGACACGCAUGGGUCUGUCAGCGUCUAUAAGUGAGGACGUGUGCUUCCACGGACGAAAUUGAAGGCAAAAGAGAUGCGAGAGACGAUGGGCGAUCGCGGUUGAACGAGCUAGCCUAGAGGCUCUUCUUGCGGUGUUCCAGAGACCGAGAACCUGAACUGCCUCGAGAGUUUUUCACCUUUUCUUAACCGUUCAGAGAUUGGUCGAGGCUUCGCGCUCUCACCUUCAGAGCAGCUAAAGAUACAAUAAGGUGUGAAAGAGAGACAGGUAGGCGCAUCCUGGGAAAAAAAAAAUGGAACGAAUACAAGCAGGGGCACUUUUUUCUUUGCUCUUUAUAGGAAGGGACCUUCAAGCAUUCUCAGGGAAAUUUUAGUGUCCGCCUCGCUCGCAGCUUCUUCCAUACUAGACAUUGACGGACACAGUCACGAAACAGGGGCAAAUAUGGCUGUCGCUGCCUACAAUGGAAAUAUCCUGUUUCUAAGCGUAGCUAGAAAGAAAGAAAAAGAGAACCGGGAAUUAGGUGGAGGGUUGAAGACAGCUGGAAACAAUAUGCGAAUGAUUCAGAAAGAAAGAAAAAAAGCAACAAAACUAUUAUGUGCCACUGGUGUCAUUUUGGCCUGCAACAUAGACCAGAAUGACACCAGUCGUUUGACGUCAAUAUUUCGAAGGGUAAGCUUCUCUUUCUUCACCAAAAAGAGGACAAACCAGAUGCACUUAUUAGGUUAACUUAACCUAGUCCAAUCUGGCUGCCUGUUUUCAUUUUAGGUCGUAUAUCGAUGUCUUUUGCAGAAACUGAUUUGAGUUUUUGCAGUGCAGACGGUCUUUUAAAAAGUUGUGUCCUUCCUGCAGCCUCUCUGUUAGAAAACAGCCGUGCUACAUGGCGGUGGCACAUACUGCCAAGGUAUUUGUUGCGAGGGCAAAGCCGUGUCAAGAAGGGAUGCAAAAGUGCCAAUUUCAUGCUAAAGAGCAAAAAAUAAUCGAGAUGAUGAAGAUGCUCGUCUUAUUCUCUCAAACUCUCUUCUGCGUUCGAUUUCAAAGAGCAGAGUGUCCAGUUUUGCUCGCCCGCCCGAACAGUUAAUUUUGACGUCAGAACCACAUGCACGAAUGCUCUGUUUCAUCGGCCAUAUUUGGUGUUGUGAAAGGCUUCGCAUCAGUAGUGGUUGUGCCGCAGCUAGCUCUGCCGCCUCCCUUGUCACUUGAAUGUGAUAAUUUUUUACGGACCUUUCUGAGAACAGUAAAAGACACAGUACUAGGUGUGUGCUAUUGUAGCGUGCACAGUGGAUGGGCGCAAACGUGUCCUAAAGUAAGAAAUAUUUCAAUUGGAGGUGUACGUGGCGGCAGGAGUAUGUUUUAAGUAGUACUAGCAAAUAGUAUAUAUAGCACUUAACAUGUGAAAACCGGCAAGAAAAAUUUGGCGUUCGCUUUCACGAACGCGGUUGCAGUAAAAGGGGUAGCUGCAGGUACGAAGCAGUUUUAUUGUUUUAGGGAGCCCAUGUUCACGAAGCUCCUCUAACACAAGUGCCCUCCACGAUCGGUCAUCGCUACGGCGUUCGUCUCGUUAUAACGCCGAUCGCUGUCGGAAUGGUUGACUCCCCAACGCUGGCCAAUGAGAAAACUCACUUAAGAGAAAACAAGCCCAGAUUAAGAGGUUGGAGCAUGACGUAUACCUGCGUCCCUGUAACUAUUGCUUUGAGUGUUCUUAGCAUAACUAGACGAUAUAUGUUCACGGUUGUGGAUAAGUGGUUGUGGUAGAUCCAAACUUGCAGAUAUGCCCGAGCCAAAGACUCGAACCACCGGUUUGGGUCGCUGCAUCUUGUGUAUUACUUGAGCUCGCGUCAUCGCUAAGAUACUGCGAUUACAUGUGAAAGUAGAUAAGCGAAGAUAGCGUAUCUUAAGAUACGCUUAACGAUGCUGCUUGGAGUGAUCACAACACAGUAUAAGCGUGCCAGUGACCACCUUUAAGGGCCUGAAUCUAAUGAGCAGUAAUCUAAACGAAGCAAUGAUAACCGGACCACUUACCUAUAGCAGCGCCUAUAGCGGUGCCUAGCAGUGCCUAAAAACCUUUCGAGAACACAUGUACCGUUAUAUAUGACACUCUUACGAGAUAUAUCACGGCGAAAGCAUACUUGAACCGUAAGUUGUAACAUCGUGCUCCCUGCCAAAAGAAAGAAAGGAAAAAAGAAAAGAAAAAUACAAGGGCCUUAAUUCUUCACUUCUUCUAAUUGAACCAAACGUUCUUGCUGAGGCGCGCACAAAUAAUCAUUCUGCAUCAUGCGCGAUAUUUCAGCUUUGUAUUUAUUUCGGAAUGCGGACAAAAUGAUUUGUAUUUUGUUUUUGAUAAAUGGUACAUUCACGCAAAUUAUACAAAAUUCGUGCAGCAUUUCGAACUGCGUGUUUCGCUUUAGGCUACUUGCUGCUAAGGACGGAAAAUGAACGGAUGCAUUUGACUGUCUGAGCGAACUCCUUUGGCAAACUUAGAUAGCUCCAGUGGAGUCAGUUCUCUCUCUGUAUCGACGUUCCAUGCCACAGGCGGCUCGCUGCUUUCGGCAACAUUCGACGGGACAAAGCAACACACCACACAUCAGCCCACAAAAUGCAGCAGCUGUCCGUGCGACUUCCUGCGGAAUGAGAAAUGCUGAUUGAUGUUAGAUUGCUGAUUGAGGCCCUCCGUUGACACUCGCGAAGCUGUCGUAAAGGCGAAGUCCCGGCCCAGCUUAAUACCGGCGUCCAGUUUCAUUCGUAGUUUCGGUGACAAAAAGCUUGCCAAAAAAUCCUCUGCCUGGAUGGGCGUGUCGUUGCCGGUAUGUCGACAGAGACAGAACCCCGUGAUGUUGGCAUUCGACCAGAACCGAGUCACGGGUUCAUUCUCAACUACCUUGCCGCUUAGAAGAAAAACAGUGACCUCCGGUUGGUUGGGAAGAAAAGCCACAGAGUUUUAACCGGAAGUACACGCACCUGUUAUCGUUAUGGUUUUACCGGAAUACCGACUCGCAGCACGAAACAGCAGAGCUGCUGGCUACACCUUGUCGGGUUGCGUUCAACUAAAGCUGGCAGAACUCUUAUUGCGAUGUGCGAAUUACUCUACUUACUGUGCUUAUCUACCAGCGUGAGGGUCCGCAGCGACGUAAGUCGCCAAACUGUUCAUGCGUGCCUCGCACCAGCUUUUGUAUGCGGCCCCUUCUGUCGCGAUGCGCAUAUAUGCGCGUGCGUGUAGUUCUCAUCUCUCCGCUGCGCCGACCAUCCGCAUUUCGUACGUGCGUUCUGCAGUGAGCUUUUUCUUUUUUUUUUUUUCAUCGCCAACAUCAUUCAAUCUUUUCAUAUGCAAAGCAUCUGGCUCUGCGUCCGCACCGCAUUGCGGCUGCGCCUCAAUUGGUCGCUUGUGAUGCGAGUAGUAUUCUAGCUAUAGCGCCACCCGUCGACGAUCGAACCUUCUUCAGCUUCUUGCAAACAAAGCCAAAGUGCGCAGCGCCAUGCGGGUCUGUCGCAACGUGUACUUUUUUUUUCCGAACGCUGCGAAAACGUCGGGAAAGUAAACGAAAAAAAAAUCAAAGUAGAGGUUGGAUGGUGGGGGGGAGCAGGCUUUUUCGUUUCGUCAGGCCGUUUUUCAACCCAGAUGGCUGCUCGCGCAUCGUUUCCUCCGCCGAGUUCCUAGACACACUUCCUCGGAUGCUAUACAUAGCGUCCGGCGCACGAGAUAGGGGAAUGGACCAGCAGUCAACGUCUCUUCGAGCCCGUGACUGAACGAACGUACGCACACAGCUGCAAAGAUGGGCUCUCUGCCAGCUAUGUGCCUUCUCCUAGGCAACGUCUUUCCAUUCGUGUUUUGUUGGUUUUGUUGCGUCUGAGCUCUAAUGGAAUAAUCUGAGGGAAUAAUCGAAAGGAAGUCUUCGGGUGCAUCCCAAUCCCGUUCGGAAGUCGCCUCUCAGUUGUUCGUCUAGGGUACAAAGGAAGUUAAUAAGAAAGGGAGUGAGCAGCGUGCACUUUCACCUCCCGAAGUUUCCCUAAUUUUUGGGUUACGGAUAUUCGUUGCUAACGAUGGCCGGACAAUGCAGUGACGGCGGCGGGCAAGAAAAGAAACCCUUCACCGCUCUACCGCACUCUUGCACUCUGUCUACUGAGGCUUUUUCGUGUUUACGCGCUAUCCGAAGAUCAACCAUGCGGCUUCGUUUGCGGCAGCGUUCAAGGAAAACUAGAGCGUGGGCAAGCGCUAGUUUGAAGUCUAAUUAAAUGCAGGCUUGUCAAAAGGAAAUCACCGCCACAGCUACAAAAGUUAGAGUACUGACAUAGGUAAGAAAGCUGUGCGCUAGUAAGUUGAUCGCCAAGUAAACACUACGCUGUGUAAUGGUAAAUUGAGGGUGUGGAGCGCAUCAUUUGGCGGUAGGAAAAGGUCGCCAAUUGGCGAAGCCAAUUAAGUGGACAAUCAAAAAUUAUUCCCCUGUGAGUGAAAUUGACUUCGUCUUUGUGCAUCUUUUGUCUUUUAUAAGCUAACCGAACACUCGACCACGGUUGCGCAAGCUACAUCGGAUUACUUGGACUGUUCAAGUGCGCUAAUGCUUCUGGCUCGUUGUACUAUUAUGUGUUUUAAUUAAUGUUCUUGAUGUAUCCGUGCUGCGUGCUAUGAAGUGUGUGUCUAACACCGGCGUGCUCUUGAGAUCUUACCAGGUGGCUAACGAUUCAGCCUGUGCCCUAGAUCAACAGGGCUGAUGUUCAAGCGUUGGCGAUCUAUGUAAUUCGUUCUCUUAUGACGGCUUUUGUGUGAGCGCACACAGCUUGGACACCUAAUGUGCCAGCAUACGGUCGCAGUGAUACACAGUGAUAUACGGUCGCCACUGAUGCUAGAUUUUUUUUUUUUUUUUUUUUUUUUUUGCGACAGUUGUCAACGAAAAGCAUGCUCCACCUGCUGUUCAAAGUGUAGCAGAAGAAUGUCACAUUGAAAGGGCCAAGUGAAUGGUAAAAAAAAUUUAAAAAGAAAGAAAAGGUGCUAUAUGCUAGGCGCCGGGUUCUCUGGCUUUUCUUGGACCACGGUCAAAGUCGUUAAGCCCCUGCUUCCGAUCGUUUACAAAUGCUCGCGCCGCUCAGCACGUCGUAAAAGUACUGGCGAAAGAUGAAGCCCGAACGCUGACAACGGUAUAUUUGCAGCCUAUACUGAAUGACCUCGACUAGAACCCGGACACGUCGCUGCCGUUUUCCUGCAUUUCCCUAUAGGGAUGUAAACUUGACAGGGCGCGUCCCAUCGCAUCGCAAGACAAGAAUUCAGAAUUGUAAGGACGCUGUUGCCUUCGAUCCCGCUGAGAGCUAAGUAAGGAACUUAUGUGACAGGCUUAUUUGCCUGAACGUAACUUUCCACUUUUGUGGUUAAUUUACUUUCUUUUUACUACCGUUCCUUUAAAGUUCUAUACUACAUUUACUUAAUGCGAUAAUGAUGCACAUGCAGUCUACAGACGCCCGCAGUGAAUGGUUAGCGACGAUUACGUUAUUCUAUCUUAUUUAACAUCAGUGUGAUCGUCCACGGGUUACUGUUGUGCCUGAAAGCCGCCUAUAGCGAGUAGUUGACGAUGCUACUCACUUGUCAUAUACAACGAAACUAUUGCGAAGUGAGUUAAAAAGUGGUUGUAACGCAUGCUGUGCGAACUCUGUUUUUCGGGUGCGCGCUGUUGAAAUGGCAUACGUAACUGCUUUUAAUGUACAGUAUGUUGCUUCAGACUCGAAAUGUCUUUCUCAAUGAAAAAUGCCGCAGGGUUGUCACGGCUUCUGUCUGCAAAGGCGCAGCCUAUAGACGUAAUAUAUCUUACGGAUCAUGCAUGUUUGUUGUUUUUGUAUGCGUAAUUGCAGAGCGUGUAUGUAGUUACGUUUAUGUGUGCUGGCUUUUGUACAUAUUGUCGUUGACAAUAUUGUGCGCUGUGUCGUUUAUAAGGCUUUAGCAUACCGUUACCAUUCUACUGCUGCCGUCGCAGUCUUUCUCUAGUUAGCAUUUGAGCAUGCGCGAUGAGUUUGUGCGCGGGCAGUCGGCUCCUUGCGGAUGCAGUUAUGGUAACCGUAGCCGCAUGCUAAAAUGCUCUAAUGUCCAAAGCGGCUUCAGUGAAAACACGUGCUCGAGAGUGUAGCGAAACCGUCGCAUAUGUGCAGCGUACUUCAUUGUACAUCUAGUCAUUGUGCAUUUCGAGGGGGUCCAAUAAACAUGCAACUCAGUUCCUUUAACCCCGACAUUGUGUACUCUGUCCGCUUCUUGUUUUACUUGUGUAUGAAAUAACUCAGGGAUACCUUUUCCGAAUACACUUUACAUCAAUAAAGACGUUUCUUAC